CAACCACAAACAUCGCUCCGCUACGUGUUCGUGUUUUAUUUUAUACUCGUAUACUUGUAUUAUUAUUACCUACACUGUACAUAAAAAGUGGAAGAAGAAGCAAAAGAAGUUUAAUCAUCGCAUGUGCUCCGGUUUUUACGCAUUGGAACACUCGAGUGCGAAACGCAAGAAAGCUCGCGCGAAACUAAUUAAGACGUUCACCACGAAAAAAAUAAAAGCAUCGUGUCAAUAAUUCGAAUUCUAAUUAAGAAUAGAAUAAAGUGGUUAAAUAAAAUGUUUGUUAACUUUCAAAACUUUAUCAAACUUUAAUAAACCAACAAUAUUUGGAUUUAUCAAGUGAUUUUUGUGUGUUUCACAAGGAUAGAAACAAAUUUCAACGUUGAAUUUGAUUGAUCAUCGAAUAAUAAUAAAACAUGUCCUAACCUCAAUACAAUGGUGAUGUGCACGACGAUGGAUUCCGUGGUGGUCCCCCGGCCCCCGCCCAUAGCUGGCCUCCUCCCUCCCGAACCACCCUCCCAUCAAAACGCCAAACGUGUCCCAUCCACAUCCUCCGGCUUCCGUUUGCUAAACAAUGACGCCCAAGACGACACCGGAAGUGUCUACUCGGUGUACAAACAAAAAAUCGACCAAAUGUUUGAAUCAGACUCCUCCCACUCGACGAAGAAUAGCGUACAAGCGCGUAUCGAGAAAAUGUUCACAGAUGUCGCCAUUGACAAUGGUAUUCCUAUAAACGACAUCGGUGUGCAUCACUUUUCGGUUGAUUAUUUGGGUAGUAUUCCUCUGGGUGAAAAGGUCACCAGUUUAGCAGGUUUGCAAAGUCCUUUGAAGGAUUUAUACUUUGCAUAUCGGAAGAAAUCUGAAAGAAUUUCAAAGGUGCAAAGGGGAGGAUUAACCGGAAAACUUGAAAUUUCUGCACAUGGGUUAAAAGUGCAAUAUUUGGGUGAGAAAGGUGAUUUGGAGCAGUUGAAUUCAUUUCCUACUAUAGCUGUAUGGUCAGCUGUCAAAUUCGUCCUUCAGGAUGAUUUCAACUUUGCCUUUUUACCCCUAAUAACCGAUCCGGAUAAUUUAGACAAACAACAAUUGUUUAAAUCUUUAUCCACACAAGAAAAGAAAUAUAUCACAUUAGGAGACAGUCAUUCUCCUCUGUUUGCGGUGGUAAUGCGUAAAAUCGGGGUUCACAAACAAUUGGAAUGUCAUGGGUUUGUAUGUCAGACCUCCGAGGAUGCGAUUGUCAUUGCCGCAACACUGUACAAAUCCCUAAUGGCGCACAUGAAGGCCAAAGAAAAGAAGGUCCCCAAGAACCGUAAUGGCGUCACUUGUAUGUCCGUUGCAUCCUCAUCUUUCCACGACAACCUUUCACAUCCUGUUCGACCACCCAGGAAGAAACGCUCUUCGAGUGGUACCAUGGAGAGUGGGACUUCUUCCAUGAUGAGUGAUUUUGAUGUACUUGAUGGUGAUGCCGAUACGCAACCAUUGAUUAACAGCGGUAAUGGUCAUUCUGAUAUGCAGAAAGAAAAGAAGAAGGAUAAGAAGAGAGCACCGCAGAGGCCCAAUCAGGGACAUGAGGAUCUAGAUGCUAUAUUGCCUUAUGAAGAACCCAAUGAAGUGAAGGUUCCUCUGGGGGACAAAUGGAAUACGUUUAUUAGUAACCAUCAGAAGCAAAUAACAGCUGAGAUUAAGCAGGUUAUGAGUGAGAGUACUAAUAUGGGUCUGAAGAGGGUGAAGAGUUUGCGGAAACGGAAUGAAGAGUUGAAGAAAACAGACAACACCGGGGAUAUCCUCACGAAGGUUACGAUUCCAAGGAGUGGGAGUUUCCUCAACGCCGGAGGAUUGACUAGGUAUAAAUCUAAAGUGCAUAGACUAAAUGGUCAAGCAACUGGAGGUUCCCCAUUGGGUUUCAAUGAAUUGUUCAACGAAUUCCGUCUGCAGGAAGGUCUCCACUCCAUGGACGAAAUCCUAGGUGUAAUAAUCGAUCCUGAAGGGAUGUCCUUCAACGACCUCAAGCCAAUCUACAAGGAAUUCCUCCUGAAACUAUCUGUAACCCUCACAAAAGAUGAACUCUACCAACGAUCAAAGAGUAUCAUGCGUCGCCAAAAGAAGAAACUCCUUCGUCGCAAUUUUCCUCCACAAACACACAAGAAACGAGUUGUUUUGGGUUCGAAAUUCAAGAAACUCAAACAUGUUUUCCAGAAAAUCAAAAAGGCUCCUCUGCAUGACAAAGCAAUUGUUUUAGAAACGAAAAUCCCGGAGAGUUCCAUUUCGAGUAGUAGUUACGACACUCGACACUUCACACCCAAAGAACAUGUGACUCGUCAACGUAUGGGUCAUUCCAAACGGAGCAGUCGCAGAGAACUAAGACACAGCACCUCUGAAGAGAGUGAUUUUUUUAGUCUGCGACGCCGGAACCGCAACCACAAUCGUCACAGCUCUUCCGGCUAUGUAUCAUGUUCUGAAUGCAGUUUUGAUUCGGAUACGUGUACUUGUAUGUCUGCUGAUAAAUGCUACUGCUCGUUGGGACAUCACAAAGGCAAGUGUAAAGAGGGUCAGGGCCAUGCCCACGGUCACACACAUCACGACCAUGAUGAAGUAUCGCUGACAUGGUGUGGAUGUGAUACGGAUUCAUGCACGGAUAGUAAUAAGUGUUACUGCCCGAUUACAACACCAGCAUUGUCGCAUAAAGGACACGGCCAGGGUCAAAAUGCGACGAUUUUUGACCAGUUACGACAGAGAGGUUUUAUUCCAUCAAGCGAGAGUAAUACUGAUGAACCUUUGAACCGGAAGCUGUGUAAAAAGUACUCGAAUACUAAAAGUUCGAAGAGUUUAGAAUUCGUGCACAAUCCGACUGAUUAUCAACCUUUGGAUUAUGAAAAGCAUUUCUGUCAGCAGGAACAUAUCCAGCAGCAGGUUGCAAUGCAACGUAUGCAGACCCCAACGAGGAAUCAAAAGAAAUCACAGGAGAUUGCAGCGUUAUUCGCUGAUAUUAAAUUAUCAUCUCCUAGGUCGAAAUUGGUCGGGAGUACGCCGCGUGCGCAUUAUUCCCCAUCAGAUUAUUACAAACCGAAAAAUUUAAACCAACGCAUGAUUGCCAAUAGUCUCUACAGUGUUAAUCCCUAUGAGAAGGCAUUUGGGAGUGGUCCUAUGCCUGUUAAUCCUUUGGGAGCUGGAAAGAUUAAUAAUAAUCAUUUGUAUUCGACGAAAAAUGGUUUGUACACUAUACAAUCACAAAGUGAUGAUAGUAGCAACGGGAGGAAAGACUUUGCGAGAAGGAGUAUGAAUGGGCAGCAUGCUCAGCUAAGCAGGGAGAGGGAAUUUAAGGGCACGAAUGGAAUUCAAGGACAUCACGUCCAGCAAAUGGUUGCUAGAGUGCAAAAUUCUAGUUUAGAGAAUUCACUGGGAUAUCUACCUUAAGUAACCUUAACCUUAAGCAAGGUUAGUAAGCAAGGGUUAUGUUAUAUGUUUAAGGGUUGAUAUGAUUGUAUAUUGAGUGCUUUAUAUACUGGGUGUUCUGUAAACUUGAUUUUUAUGAUCAAAGCAUGAAAUUGUUGCGUUUUAAAUUGAUUUUUCGCAACACUCAGUACAUGUAGCCACACAAAGACUAGGGGUACUUUGUUGGGGAAACAUUUUUAUACCGGGUGCGCUGGUAAAUCUAGUUAACAUACGUAUUAACCUACAUUGUUCAUAAUUUCAUUAAGUUCUAGAUUUAAUUCACUCCUAAAACUCGAAAUUAUGCUUGUUUUUGUCAAUUAAAUGCAAAUUUAGUUAACAAAAGCAGCUGAUGUUGUUGGACGAGCUUAUUUUUAGUUGAUAUCUGUGGUUUUAGUUAGUUUUUGAGUGCAAUACAAGCAAUUUACGUGCAAUAUGUGUAAUGAUGUGCAAUAAUUUUAUAGUCGCUAUAUAUUUAGAAAUAAGCGCAUUAUUUAAUUAUAAUGUUUAGUUCAGAAAUGUAAAAUAAGGUUUAGUUUAUAUAAUUAACUAUGGAUAAGUGCAAUAUUUUAUUUUAUUUACGAUUUCUUUUUGUAUUGUUAAGACUGUUAGUCUGCAUGUUAUGAUUGAUUUUUAUAUAAACAUUUAUAAUGCAAUGAUCAAAUUUAUUUGUGUUAUAUGAACGGCGGUAAUAAAGAUAUUUUCAUUA